GUCCGAAUUCUCCUCAGAGCCCGCGCCAGCCAGCCAAGAGCCGCCGCAGGAAUCCCGACCGUCGACGUAAAGCAACAGACAAUAAAAUGAGAGAGCUCGUUCACAUUCAGGGUGGUCAGUGUGGUAACCAGAUCGGUGCCAAGUUCUGGGAGGUCAUCUCCGACGAGCACGGCGUGGACCCCACGGGCUCGUACCACGGCGACUCAGACCUGCAACUGGAGCGCAUUAAUGUGUACUACAACGAGGCCACGGGCGGCCGUUACGUGCCCCGCGCCAUCCUCAUGGAUCUUGAGCCCGGUACCAUGGACUCCGUUCGCGCUGGCCCCUACGGUCAGCUUUUCCGCCCAGACAAUUUCGUGUUCGGACAGACUGGCGCUGGUAACAACUGGGCCAAGGGACACUACACUGAGGGCGCUGAGCUGAUUGACUCGGUGCUUGACGUCGUUCGCAAGGAGGCAGAGAGCUGUGAUUGCCUUCAGGGUUUCCAGAUCACGCACUCGCUUGGUGGCGGUACCGGUUCCGGUAUGGGUACGCUUCUUAUCUCGAAGAUUCGUGAGGAGUACCCCGAUCGCAUCAUGUGCACAUACUCGGUCUGCCCGUCGCCCAAGGUAUCGGACACGGUCGUGGAGCCCUAUAACGCUACGCUAUCGGUACACCAGCUUGUCGAGAACGCCGAUGAGGUCAUGUGCCUGGACAAUGAGGCCCUGUACGACAUUUGCUUCCGCACAUUGAAGCUCACCACCCCCACUUAUGGUGACCUGAACCACUUGGUGUGUGCCGCCAUGUCCGGUAUUACCACGUGCCUUCGUUUCCCCGGUCAGCUGAACUCGGACCUGCGUAAGCUGGCCGUGAACCUGAUCCCGUUCCCGCGUCUCCACUUCUUUAUGAUUGGUUUCGCUCCUCUGACAUCGCGCGGCUCGCAGCAGUACCGCGCCCUGACGGUGCCCGAGCUGACCCAGCAGCAGUUCGAUGCUAAGAACAUGAUGUGUGCCGCCGACCCUCGCCAUGGCCGCUAUUUAACUGCAGCUUGUAUGUUCCGCGGACGCAUGAGCACGAAGGAGGUUGAUGAGCAGAUGCUGAACGUGCAGAACAAGAACUCGUCAUACUUCGUCGAGUGGAUCCCCAACAACAUCAAGGCUAGCGUGUGUGACAUCCCGCCCAAGGGUCUGAAGAUGAGCACUACGUUCAUUGGUAACUCUACUGCUAUCCAAGAGAUGUUCAAGCGUGUGUCCGAACAGUUUACGGCUAUGUUCCGUCGUAAGGCUUUCUUGCACUGGUACACCGGUGAGGGUAUGGACGAGAUGGAGUUCACUGAGGCUGAGUCCAACAUGAACGAUCUGGUGUCUGAGUACCAGCAGUACCAGGACGCCACUGCAGAGGAAGAGGGCGAGUUCGAUGAGGACGAGGAGAUGGAUGAGAUGAUGUAGACGUCGUAGUAGGUACGACUUCCUUGCUGAUCGCCUUUGUGCAACUCGUGAGUAGUUUAGCUAUCUACACUCGUAGAGGUUAGUGGCUUGGCAUCUACAGAACAGAGACCUUAUUACCAUGCUUAA